AUGGCCCCAGAGUCCUCGUCAACAUCUCGAUGGCGCUUCAAUCGCUCCACCACGAACCUUCUCGAAGUCUCUUCUCGCCAAGCGCCAACCAAUCCAAUCCCUCGAGCGAAUACACCUGCGCCGAAGCUUGAGCGACCCCCCUCCAAGAUGUCCUUGUUCAGUCUCUUCAGUCGGCCGAAGGUGGAAAGGGCGCGAGGUCACACCUCCGAGGUUGGCAUUGCGGUACCAAUGCGCCCACAGACGCCUCCAAGAGCUGCCUCGCCAGUAUCAGCUCCAAAGUCUUCCCUCAGGCUAAACCCCUCCCCGCCUGCUCAACAGACGAUCCGAUCACGAUCGAGUCAAAUGUUCCGCCCCAUGUCCAUGCGCCCUACACCUACACCGACACCUUCGCAAAGGGAAUUUGGAAGUUGGGACCCACCUCCCCUAUUUCAAGCAUUCCCGCAAUCCCUCAAACAUGCCACCCUACAAGCAUGUGUGUUCCCUCCUGAAGUCUUGAUGCGGACGCAGAGCCAAAGACAACACGCUGAACUGCUACGAGACCGCAUGGACAGCGCUCGCGACCUGUCUACUAUAGCGGAGAACGACUCAUUGGAGAAGACGCAUAAGCGUCUGAUUUCAAACUCGGCUCUGAACCCGCCGACACCCGAGCUCGUGAACAAGAUCUACAUGCUCGUCACGGCAGGCUUCGUCCUGCAAUAUGGCGGCGACGGUUCCUUCGACCGAUUGCCGGAGAAGGUUCUCAAGCUUGGUAAAGAUUCAGCGGCCUUUGCAUGCGACCUGAUACCUGGCAAGCAUUGGGUCUUGCAAAUUUCGAGCCGUGCUCAUGAUGACGGCACGGUUGAACCCGAGCCUAAGCACAAUCUUCUCUCACGACUACGGUCACAGAAUGCAACUACGAAGAAAUCGGCCACCAAUUUCUUACUGGUACUGGAAAGUGCAGAGGAGAUGGACGAAUGGAUGACUACGGUGCGGAAAGAGAUUGACAACAUGGGUGGCAUGAAAGUAAAGGAAGAUGCUACCAGGGCAUCGUCCUCUACUGACGGAUCCACGGAAAAGAAGUCCACAGACACGGCUAGCCACCGAUAUCUAGUGCAUCGCGAUCCGAACGUCAUCACCAAGGUUGCUCCUCCUAUUGACUCGCCGCCUCAGUCGCAGUACUCGGCCUCCCCUAGGAUUGUCACUUCAGACUGGGAAACAGACCGCAGCGUACGGACAGCGAGUAUUGCCGAGUCUUCUAGCGGCCAAUCUAGUCGACGAGACAAUAAUACCCGCCAGUCGGUUGAUAUGUCCUCGGUCGCAUCAACCCCUGUGUCCCAACACCAGCUCCAACUAGACCAGCUCCGUGGACGAUCUCGGUCUUCCUUCAUGUCGACCACAACGGCCACGUCGGGUCCAGGCACACGCAAUACAUCGCGGGAACCUUCUCCAGCUCCACAGUCUCCUCUGAAAGAAAGCUUCUCACCGAUCGGGGAAGCAGAGCCACUUCGAACCACCAUGUCUCUCAAAUCAUUUCACAUGAACCCCAGCAACAACGGCACUGCAUCUCGCCGCAGAUCGGUGCAGCCGUUGCCUGUAACCAAUGAGAACCUCCUACCACCCAUCCAGGUACCCAUCAGUCAUCCACGACACUCUUUCUAUUCGCCUACAUCACCAACAGUACCAGAGCUAGGCAAGCCCGGUGCUUUAGGGCCGGCAAUGACCUCAAAGGUGUCAGUAGCUACGUCCCCCUUGAACGACAAAGAGAACACUGUGGCACAUAUCACCAGUUGUGCUCGAUCGACAACUCCAAAACUACAAACCAACUUCGCGGGGGAACUUUCUAUCACACCCGAAGGGCAGACUAGAGAAGACAGUCCGGUGAAAUGUAAUACUCGUAGCUACGGCUCUCCGCCUCGCAGAAACACCAUCUCGCCACCGCCCAAUGGACCGGCUCCUUUGCCUCCGCAGUCGGGCAAACGUCAAUCAGUUUUUGGCACACCUGCUAUGAGCAAUCAAUCCGCCGCCGCCUACUCCGCUUCUUCGCCCACCGCAAGAACCCAGCGCCGUCUGUCAGCAACACCGAAGCCUUUCUUUCGACCGUUUCCAAUCCGUCCGCAAGCCCAACAUAGUGAUGCCGCUAGGAUUGUCCCGAGGCGACAGUCCUCCCUUACGCCAACCUCAGCUCCUGCGCCUCUACCUCUAGGUAUCAAUGUGAGCAGGUCAGUCACUGCACCUGCAAGAUCCCCUUCGGCAGCAGCAAACAUGACACCUACAUCACAUCCGAAUAACCUACACUUCGCUCCAAAUACAUUACGCCGCCCGAACUCGGUCAUAAUACGCUCCGAUCCAGCGCCAUUCCUUUCUUCGUCGCGACCUGUUCGCGCUAUUCAAUCAACACCGUCUUUCGUCCCAGGUAGAAGGGCUUCCAAUGUCCCUACAUCAGCACCGCGACAGUGGCAACCAGCACCGAGUAUCGAUACGCUCAGGCAACAAGCACUUGCGCACCAGGCUCAGGAGCAUGCCCAGCAGAAGGCUGUUCUUCCCGGAGGAAGCAUGCCAGCUAUGGGUCUGCCGCCACGAGCACCACCACCAAACAUGCCCCUCCCUCCUCCUCCACCUAGUAUGCCGCUUCCAAUGCCUCCACUGAGCAUGCCACUCCCGACGCCACCACCGAACAUGCCGCUACCUCCUCCGCCUCCGAUGUCUACAUCAAGAGGGGUGGCUGUAUAG